CGGCAGGCCCCAGCCAUGUCCAUGCUGCCGUCGUUCGGCUUUACGCAGGAGCAAGUGGCGUGCGUGUGCGAGGUUCUGCAGCAGGGCGGGAACCUGGAACGCCUGGGCAGGUUCCUGUGGUCGCUCCCAGCCUGUGACCACCUGCACAAGAACGAAAGCGUGCUCAAGGCGAAGGCCGUGGUCGCCUUCCACCGUGGCAACUUCCGCGAGCUCUACAAGAUCCUGGAGAGCCACCAGUUCUCGCCGCACAACCACCCGAAGCUGCAGCAACUGUGGCUGAAGGCGCACUACGUGGAGGCCGAGAAGCUGCGCGGCCGACCCCUGGGCGCCGUGGGCAAAUAUCGGGUGCGCCGAAAAUUCCCGCUGCCGCGCACGAUCUGGGACGGCGAGGAGACCAGCUACUGCUUCAAGGAGAAGUCGCGGGGCGUGCUGCGGGAGUGGUACGCGCACAACCCCUACCCGUCGCCGCGGGAGAAGCGGGAGCUGGCCGAGGCCACCGGCCUCACCACCACCCAGGUCAGCAACUGGUUUAAGAACCGGAGGCAAAGAGACCGGGCCGCCGAGGCCAAGGAAAGGGAGAACACCGAAAACAAUAACUCCUCCUCCAACAAGCAGAAUCAACUCUCUCCUCUGGAAGGGGGCAAGCCGCUCAUGUCCAGCUCAGAAGAAGAAUUCUCACCUCCCCAAAGUCCAGACCAGAACUCGGUUCUUCUGCUGCAGGGCAAUAUGGGCCACACCAGGAGCUCAAACUAUUCUCUCCCCGGGUUAACGGCCUCGCAGCCCAGCCAUGGCCUACAAGCCCACCAGCAUCAGCUCCAGGACUCCCUGCUCGGCCCCCUCACCUCCAGUUUGGUGGACUUGGGGUCCUAAAAGGGAAGGGACUGGUGCCUGGAAAUGCCAACUAGGAACACUUGUAAAUAGAAAUCAGGAACAUUUUUGCAGCUUGUUUCUGGGGUUCUUUGCGCAAAAAGAAAUGGUGGACUUUCACAAACCAACAAAGAUCUGAAGCUUAUCUGCCCUCCUCUCUCCGACUGCUCCCAUUUUGCAUUACCCCUUCCAGUGCAGAGGUGGGUGGGGGAGAACCCUAAUAAACAAAAGUAUCCAGUCACCCAGUACUGAUUCUGGGCAACCCCUAUACCUGCUUCAUACCCUUUCUGCCUUCCUUUCUUCUUUUCUUUGUUUCUUCAGUGAAUGAGGAUUACAAAUCAACUGGAUUUAAAUUAUUUUGAAAAAUUUAUUUGUGGGAAAAUGUUUUGGGAAGAGGGAACAGGAAAUGAAAGAGAGAGUUUGAGCGAGAAGUCAAAAUAGUGACAGCUUCCAGCUUGGUAGGAAUUGGUUGCAUUCUUAAGGUGAAGAGGAAGAAAAUAGGAUUUUAAAAGUUUUCUUUGAUGGGUAAAAUUAAGUUUACAUUUUUCAUAUUUAGUGUUAAAUAACUGUAGAUUAAAAUGAAAGAACAGUAUUAGGGGAAAACAAGUGCCUAAAUGUCUUAAUGCUCUCUAAGUGAGGCAGUUAGAAAUACAAGUGACCAUUAGUAAUACAACUAUUUUUGUCCAAUUUAGUGAGGGUUUUUUUGUUUUUGGUUUUCUAUUUUAAAUGGCAAACUUUUAAAAUGUACUAGUGUGAAAAAGACACCUUCCUGGAUGCCAUUACUUCUCAUGUCCUCCAAGCUUUCAGAUCUGUAGCCUCCUCCUAUUGAGGAUUUCUCCUCUUUCUAAUUUCUAGCUUGUAAGAAUAUGCGACAAAUCUGGCAAUCUGGUCUUUGUUACUAAAACAGCAUGUUGUUUUCAGGUUUCUUUUCUAUUGUACCUAAACCAGUCUAAAUUAAAACUUCGUAGAACACCAGGAGUACGAUUAUCUUUCUGGAAGGUGAGUUGUGUAUUGCUGUCAUUGGACCGUAUUUUUCUUUUUUUUUUAGUAGUUUCUCACAUUCUUAUUAAAUGGUGGUUAUAAACUGCAGGGUACUUUAAAGACCAUCACCUCUACUAAGGUGACUGAGUUCAUUAUGUGACAGAAAAGGAGUGAUUUAGC